UGCUCCACUGACGGACCCGGACCUGGAGAACACAACACAGCGAAUUCAUCGUCGUCAACAUUAUGGAUCACCUGAGGGUGCCUGUGCUUCUCCUCAUGGUGCUUGUGUUGCUGCGCUGCGUCACCGCUGCUCCAAACCGCCGCUACUUCAGUCCCAGCUCGUCCUACGAGCAGGAAAGUGCUCCUCCAGAUGGUGAAAGCUGGUCCUUCCCCGAGCUCAUGUCCAACCCGUUCCUAGGACUCCUCGGCACGCGGCCUCAACGGGAGCUAACGGGGAUCAAUAGUCAUCAGUUACAGAAAAGAAAGUGCAACACGGCCACCUGCGUGACCCAGAGGUUAGCAGACUUCCUGGUCCGGUCCAGUAACACUAUCGGCACCGUCUACGUCCCCACCGACGUGGGCUCCAACGCCUACGGCAAAAGGGAGCUCCGGCAGCUUCGUGGCUUCCUGUCUCUCUAG